CCCAUAACCCAUAAUGCCUGUAACUACAACUUACCAGGACUAUGUAACAAGUACUUUUCUCUUAUCUCUUGGACUUCAAUGUUUCUGGUAUUAGUUAUUAUUAACAUCGCUAAAUAGUGCAACAAUGCUAUUAAGGUUACUGUGUGAAAGUAGAACUGCUACUUAUUAUAUAGUAGCCUUAUGGCUCAACCAUACAUUACGAUAGGACAUAUUAUUUCUCACCCCAACAAUGCCUAUCAAAGCCUUGUUAAUUGGUUCACCAAUCGAAUGGUUGCUAUAAUAACAGACAGCUGACAGGUAAGAGUUAAGAAGUCAAGUGGCCAAGUACAGAAAAGCUUAUGUGCCACUUUGCCCUGGUAAACUACCUAGGAUAAGUUAAGCACUUAUGGAAUUAACAGGGAGUUCAAUUGCAAAGACUGGCUCUUAAAUACGCUUUCAUCAUUAAUCACCCCACUCUCAUCCUUUUGCCCUUUUUUAUUAACGUCUGUUACAUACUAUUAUACUCUUUAAUACCUCCUAUGUUUUCAUUAUCACCAAACAUUUGUUCCAUAUGGUGGCCUGGACAACUCGUUGCGGGACCUGCAGGAGAAGGAAGAUUAAGUGCGACCAGCAAUGGCCGGCAUGUGGGCAAUGUCAAAAGAGCCGACAAAGUUGCCCAGGCCCGCCGGACAAACUAAAGUUUGUCGUUAACGGUACCCCGGCAUCAUCGUCCCAGAUAGCCCGACUCAAUAAGUCAAAGCCUUCUACAAAGCCCCUGACAACUUUGAAUGACCAUCCUGUCUUCUAUCGCUCCAUACCGAGAACUUACGCCGGAAAUGUCGGCGCGGAGCUUGUCUCACUUUUGGCCUCCCAGCCCAAAACCUUUGGGUUCCCGGGUUUCGCACAACUCUUGGCCCAUACCCCAGCUAUGCUUGACGGCUCACCCGCUCUCGUAAAAGCGGUUGCCUAUCUUUCGGAUGCUAGACGGCGGCAACAAACUUCUCCACAACCUGACAUGAAACUAGAUCUGAAAUUGCAUGGCUCUGCUCUGCAAGGCUUAAGAAUGGCCUUUCAGGAUCCUAAUCAACUCACAAGAAUUGAAACUUUGUUGGCCACUAUUAUUCUGUGGAAGAUUGAGGCUACAAUCGUUACCCCAUCCAAACUUGCGCCUUUAGUUGCAGCUUCGUCGGUACAUGCUGGUGGAACAGCAUAUAUCCUCGAGUCUCUAGGACCGGAGGCUGCCAGAAACAAGAUAGUUUUGAAUAUAAUUCUUGAUAGUCUUGCUGAUCUAUCCUCUUACUAUUAUGCCCGUGAUCAGUCCUGUUUCAUGGCAUCGCCUCGAUGGCAGCAAUUCUUUUCCGGGCACAAAGGCUUGGGGACCGUCAAUACGCUGCUAUUCAAAAUCCUGCGACCAAUGGCAUUGUUCCCAGAUGUGAUGAGAGGCCUGCGUCGGUAUUAUUUGGGCCAAAUAGAACACGAGUACAUCCGAUCCAGAGUGCAACAAAUGUGCGAUGCCGUCCGGAGUUUUGAGGCCCCCGUGCAAAAUAUUAUAAAAGACGCUUCUCUCGUGGCCAAGAGCGCUCCACAUUCCUCAGAGUCACCCGUGGAUGAGGUUUAUCGGACCGAGGACUUCGCCGUCUCGCGGCUUUGCUGUGUCCACGCCGUUACGAUUUUGACCACCAAUAACAUGCUGUCCGCGCUCGACGGACACGUCUCGGAAGAGAUCAGGAGGAAGAACCGCUCGAUGAGUGAGAGGAUUUGGAAGUUUCAUGAACAGGCGGCCGAUGUGGGCUCAUACGGGAUGCAUUAUUACCCCAGUGCGCUCAUUCUGUCGUAUGAAAGUGCACAGUCUAGGGAGACGGAAGACUGGAUUGUAGGAUUAUUGAAUCUAGUCCAGGGGAGGAAACCAGCUACGCAUAUGAUGUGGACGAGGGAAGAGAUAGCGGUAAGAUGCAAAGGUACGAGGGGGGUUGUCUCGUCUCCUCGACCGUCAUGAUAUUGGCCUGGAGAGCCUCUUUACUGCGAGGUAUGAACCGCAUAUAUCGUCAGAAACAUGUACGUUCGCUUGAUUCUUUGAUUUAAAAGUCCAAGUGGAUAAUAGAAAGUAUUGAAUACCUACCCUGGGUACAUACUCUAUUAUACCUAGUAUUGAACUUCAAGUUGCCUGUUAAUUCUUUUGAUAGGAGUUGUGCGAUUGCUCUUAUUAUCUAACUUCUAGGUAAUUACGCUACCUAGGGUAGGUACCUAAGGCAAGUAAGGUUACCGCUGUAACAGUCUUCAAAGUUGCCACGCUGCUGCCUGGAGAUGGCCUACCUACCUAGUAGGGUACCUAGGGUAGGGUAGGUUAAGGUACGCAGAUGAUGUACCCUAGUCUAGUAAGUACACUUUAUAUUAAUCCAAAUCAAUUGAUUCUUUAACAGGUAUUUCAAUAUUAUGAAAUUGAAUUAGAUUGUCU